AACAAUCACGUUUCCCUCUGAGAUCCUUCACACAGACCGACCUGAACAGGAGACACUCCUCUCCGUUAUGAUCAUGCAGGAGACAUUCCUCUCAGCUCUGCUUCUUCUUGUGGCCUCGGUCCACUCCAACUCACAGUUUCUCCUUCCCAUCGACUGCGAUGACAUCUAUCAGCGUGACAACAGGAGCUCCAGCGGAGUCUACACAAUCUACCCGGGAGGUCCCACUUCUCCCCUGAAUGUCUACUGCGACAUGGACACUGAUGGAGGGAGAUGGACUAUAUUUCAGAGGAGGAUCGAUGGGACUGAAAGCUUCUUCAGGCCCUGGAGGCACUACAAGACUGGAUUUGGGAAUGUGGCUGGAGAAUAUUGGCUGGGUCUGGAAAACAUCUUCCUGCUGACUCUGAGGAAGGAGAAUGAGCUGCGGGUCGACAUGGAGGACUGGGACGGAGGAAAGAGCUCAGCUCAGUACUCCUCCUUCUCGAUCGACUCUGAGAACCUUGGGUAUCAGCUUCACCUGGGCAGCUUUACCGGCGGCACAGCAGGGGACAGUUUGAGUAAUCAGAACUCCAUGAAGUUCACCACCUACGACAAAGACCAGGAUCUGUGGGAUAAAAACUGCGCUCAGUAUUAUUUAGGUGGAUUCUGGUACAACCAGUGCCACAUGACCAACCCAAACGGCAUGUACGCGCCUCAGGGUGCCAUUGUAUACGAAAAUGUCCACGUGAUUUGGCAUGCGUGGAAGGGCUGGAACUAUUCCCUCAAGACCAUUGCCAUGAAAAUUAGAUCGAGUGCUAAGUGCUCAUGCACAAAUUAACCUGAUUUCCUGGAGAUUAACAAGAUUAUGAGAAUACCUCACCCUCCAUCACAGGAGGAGAGUUGGGAUGUGUGGGGACACCAUCUCUAACACCCAAGCAAUAUAGAAACAAAUAUAACAUACCUGCAAAACGUAUUUUUCUAGUUUAGUUGUUUCAAAGUACGAACAGUAAUAUACUGAGGUGUACACCUACUGUUUUUAAUUUCAUGCUAACAGAUAUUUCUUAUUAAUUUCAUUCUUAUUCACUUGCUGUUAAGCAUUUGAUAAGUUGCUCUUAGUAGUAGCAGGUGGAGGAAGAGAUGCCAUACAGCUCUUGGUGGAAACUGUACGGUGCACUGCUGGAAAAGGGAAAUGGUUUUUUUGGU